UUGGCCUCGCGACCGCUGCGCGCGAGCCGGGUGUCCCCGCGGCGGGCGGCGGCGGUGGUACGCGGAGGGGGCGGAGGGAGCCCGCGCAGGCGGCGGCGGCUGCGGCACUGAAAUGGCGGAGACUGUGGCGGACACCCGGCGGCUCAUCACCAAGCCGCAGAAUCUGAACGACGCCUACGGGCCGCCCAGCAACUUCCUCGAGAUCGAUGUGAGCAACCCGCAGACGGUGGGGGUCGGCCGGGGCCGCUUUACCACCUACGAGAUCAGGGUCAAGACAAAUCUACCUAUUUUCAAGCUGAAGGAAUCUACUGUUAGAAGAAGAUACAGUGAUUUUGAAUGGCUGAGGAGUGAGUUAGAAAGAGAGAGCAAGGUCGUAGUUCCCCCGCUUCCUGGGAAAGCAUUUUUGCGUCAGCUUCCUUUUAGGGGAGAUGAUGGAAUAUUUGAUGACAAUUUUAUUGAAGAAAGGAAGCAAGGACUGGAGCAGUUCAUAAACAAGGUCGCUGGUCAUCCUCUGGCACAGAAUGAACGCUGUCUUCACAUGUUUUUACAGGAUGAAAUUAUAGAUAAAAGUUAUACACCAUCUAAGAUAAGACAUGCCUGAAGUUAAGCAAGAAGGGGCAGAAAACUUUUCUGUGACUAUUAAUGAUUCACAUGCACCGGUGAAGAAGUUCUAACUAACUUUAGCAUGCUGCACAGAAACUGGUAUAACAUGCCUUCAGUAUACUAACACUCAUGCUCAAUUUUGUUUUGUUUUGUUUUGGCAGUUGACAAGAAGUUAAUUUGCUUUAGUGAAAAUCCUGCAUUCCAGCCUUUCUGUAUAAAUAGCUCUUCCUUGCUGUCUUAAUGUGGUGCACACUAUAGCCUCACCAACCUGUUACUCCAGUACAUUCUGCAGUGUCUUAACUAAAGUUACUGACUUGGUCUUAUAUGCACAGUUUUUUGUGUCAUGUUUGCUUCUUGAAUCUGAUUAACUAGAAUAUUUCUCUUUUCCCCUUUUUAAUACGUGAUGCCACUUGACCUAAGUUAUGUGUAGGAGCACUACACCACUGGUUUCCAGUUCCACGGACGCAAGUUACACACUUGUGUGCAGAAAAUAUCUCCCUUCAGGCUUGUAAUAUCCUUUACAUGGAAGAUCAGUGAGGGAAGUCUUUAUAUUCAGUAUAAAAACAAAAUCAAAUUUAUAUACUAAAAUCAUUUGUCUAAAAAUUUGUUUUCAAAUAAAAAUAAAAACGCAUUUCUGAUAUGCA